AUGUUCACAUCAAGGAAUAGCUCUUCUCAUCCUAUGUCCUUCAUCCUGCUAGGAAUCCCAGGUCUGGAGAACUCCCAGUUUUGGAUUGCCUUUCUGUUCUGUGUCAUGUAUGUUGUGGCUGUUGUUGGAAAUAUCAUAAUCCUACAUAUAAUCCGAAUUGAAACCACCCUUCAUGAACCCAUGUACCUCUUUCUAGCCAUGCUGGCCAUAUCUGACCUAGUUCUGUCCUCCUCUACCCAGCCUAAAAUGCUGGCCAUCCUCUGGUCUCAUGCUCAUGAGAUUGAGUAUCAUGCCUGCCUCACUCAGGUGUUCUUCAUCCAUGCCUUUGCUUGCAUGGAGUCUGGGGUGCUCAUGGCUAUGGCCUUGGACCGCUAUGUGGCCAUCUGCUUCCCGCUGCGGCAUUCCAGCAUUCUGACCACAUCGGUGGUGAUCAAACUUGGGACACUCGUGAUGGUGAGAGGGCUGUUGUUGGUGAGCCCCUUCUGCAUCAUGAUCUCCAGGAUGCCCUUCUGCCCCAGUAGGGUCAUUCCGCAGUCCUACUGUGAGCACAUGGCCGUGCUGAAGUUGCUGUGUGCUGAUACCAGGGUCAACCGUGCCUAUGGGCUCUUUGUGGCCUUCUCUGUUGGUGGAUUUGAUAUUUUUGUCAUCAGUGUAUCCUAUGUGAUGAUUCUGAGAGCUGUGCUGCAGCUGCCCUCAGGUGAAGCUCGCUUCAAGGCUUUUGGCACAUGUGCUUCUCACAUCUGCGUUAUCCUGGCCCUGUAUAUCCCAGCCCUUUUUGCCUUGCUCACCCAUCGUUUUGGCCGUCAUGUGCCCCAGUUGGUGCACAUCAUGUUUGCUAAUGUCUACCUACUGGUGCCCCCCAUGCUCAACCCCAUCAUCUAUGGAGUUAGAACCAAGCAGAUCAGGGACAGAGUUAUGCGAGGGUGUUGUGGAAAAGACACCUGA